UUACUACAAGGACAAACGAAAACCCUGAUUCCCCGUUAAAUCAGUAGUGAAAGAGUGUAAUAAGUGAUUCAUUUCUGCAUCAUUACUUCCGUUUCUUGAAUGGCUAACAGUAGUGAUGAAAGAAGCCGUAUUAUCAAGGAGAUAUCGUUGCGAUAUCCUUGCCGCGAAAAGAUCAUCCACAAGCUGUACCAAUACUAUGGCAGUGGGGAUCCCUUUCCACCCGCCCUUUAUUUGUACGGCCACGGUGUGACCGGCAAAUCGUCCAUUCUGGAGUCGCUGCUUACCCAACUGGGUGCGGUGCGCUACUUGAAACUCAAUGUGAUCGAAGCGUACGCCAACAAGUUGCUGUUCGAAACCAUCGCCUUCGGUCUACAGGGUCAUCGGCUGUCCUCGCAGAAUGGCUACACCUACGCUCGCCGGCUCGACUACAUGAAAGACUUUUUAGCGGAAUUGCGCCGACUCGAUCGGUCGCUCGCUUACGUGAUCAUGCUCGAAAGUGCGGAACGCUUGCGCGACGCAGAACCGAACCUCCUGCCGAUGCUACUGCAGUUGCCGGAAGCUACUGGGCAAAAUAUUUCCGUAGUGCUGCUAUCAUCACUACCGUUCGAGAAGUACUACGUCAAAACCGGCAUGCCAACCAUACCGAAGCUGUUUGUAGCGGCCUAUUCGCGGGACAGCAUGCUCAAGAUUCUCAGUAACGACUUCCACAAGAUCAAACUGGAUGCCCAGAAGCGCGCCAAGCUCGCUGGCGCGGGUUCAGACAGAGCCGAGCUGCUCGAUCGUACGCUCACGCAAGAGUUCUACUCCAACUUUGUGCAUCUGUUUCUCAGCACUUUCUGGAAGGUGUGCCGGGACGUGACUGAGCUACGGCUAGGCAUAACCCAAUGUUUCCCUCACUACUACGAACCGGUCAUCGAGGGAGCGAUCGAAGCCCACGACGCAUUGAAAUUGUGGCGCAACAUCAGCAAGGUACUGAAGACGGCCCUCAGCACCCUGUACAUGCGACUAGGAAACAGCAACCGGGAUGUCGACAUUGGUCAAUCGCAGCUGCAUUUAGUGCAACAGCUAGAGCUGCCGUACUACGCCAAAUAUUUGCUGAUCGCGGCGUACCUUGCAAGCCACAACCCGGCCAAAGAGGACAAACGGCUGUUCCUGAAGAACCACGGUAAGCAGCGGAAGCGAAUGCAAACAGUGAAUGCCCGGGCGAAGGUGUCGGAGAAGAUGGCUGUACAGCUGGGGCCCAAAGCGUUUGGCAUCGAUCGGUUGCUGGCCAUUUUCUAUGCCAUUCUGGAGGGAGAGAAGGUUGCCCUAACAUGCAACCUGCUGACACAGAUCGCAACCCUCGUUCACCUGAAGCUGCUGGCAUACGUUAGUUCGGCCGAUGCGGGCAUACUUGACGGUACAGCCCGCCUGCAGUGCACGGUUGGGCUCGAUUGCAUCCUGCACAUUGGGCGAAUGGUUGGCUUCAACGUGCGCCAAUAUUUGUGCGACUUUUUCUAGCUUCGAACCAGCUUUAUUAAAUAAUGUGGCAGAUCGGACAGAUGGAUGGUUUCGCAAAGCGUUGUGUCACGGCUGCGCAAUUCCAGUAAGCCGGUCUCGAGUGAUUCAUCCCGCAGCACGAA